AUGGACCUUCGCGGAUAUAUAGUUAUUCUCAAAAAAGACGGGGCACCCGGUCCCUUCUGCGACUGGCGUGCUGACAAAUGCGUAUUUGGCAGUGAUCCUUCCUGCGACGUAAAUAUUAACUUGAGUGAUAUCGACCCCGUGCACUGUACGUUGCAAGCCCUACAAGAUGGCCGUGUUAUGGCUGAAAGCCACGUAAAGCCAACAUCUCGUACUCUCUUGAAUGGCGAACCAGUCGUUUCUCGGACAUUGGUCCCUCACAAUAGCACACUUACCGUUGGUGAACGAAAUUUUAAAUUUCUAUACCCCGAGAAUUCUACGUGGAUUUCGACUUUCCGUCAGCAGUCGCCUCGGAGCACCAAAAAGGACACUGGAUUCCGAAGCCUUACGACUCCCGUGGUUGACGUCGACUCCUUCCCUGUUGUACGAUCUAAGUCACCAAAGCCAUCAGUUCCGCAACCGUUUGUUAAACGAACACCUACAGCUUCCCCAGCUCGACGGCCGCUUACUACACGGGAACGUUAUGGUCCGACACCGCCGCGCCCCAUUACGCCUGCACCUGUUGUGGAAGUUAAAAGACACGAAAGUCGUUCAUCACUCAAGCCUCGCCGCAGCUCUGUAGGGUCCCGCAACACUCCCAUAUCUCCAUCUUUAUCCCGAAAAAAGGCCAAAGUCUUGAUUGUAACCAAUACACCUGGCCCGCAGAGCAUUCGUCGUACUGCAAGACAACAAAAGACACUACUCUCCUCACAGCAGACCAACAAUUCUUCGAUAACUUCUUCCUAUUCGAUGCUAGGCCUGAAGAGUCCAAAUUACUCAAGUCAGAGUGCGUACACUGCAGCCUUUUUAGAUGAUCCAUCUUACGACGCGUCUUAUGAUCCAUCAACCGCUGACGUCCUUUCGCCUGCAGCUGAGUAUUUUUCGUCACAGAAAAAAGGCAACUUUGCGAAGUUUCCUUUUACUGAGCCACGACAGCACACCGACACCCAAGCGAACCUCGAGGAUAUCGGCCGCUCAAAAACUCGUGAGAACACCGAAAUCACGACCUUCCCCUCGAUUGACGGGUGUUCGGAAGCUAAUGAAGACACCGAGGCCCGAGCGCACACCGAGGAUAUCGGCCGUUCAUAA